AGCGGUGGCUACCUCCAUUGCCUCGAGCCUUGAGAGUGCAAGACGAGCACCAAUACUUGCCGCGCAGCGCCUACAGCAUCCCGAACAUCCACCUACCUGCUGGACCUCGAACGCCUCCUUCCGCUCGCUACCUACACGUCACGUCUCGCUGCAUACCUUGCGUACAUACUUGAGCUUUUGCUGCUCGCGCUCCCACCAUGAAGCUCUUCACUCGUGCGAAGACAGCGCCGUCAACAUAUCCACGAGUCGUAUUCCAUGGCAUACGAUUCGGCCAGCUGCUCGCCAGCUCAGUCGUAGGAGGGAUCAUGUCAUAUUUCAUAUACCAACUCACACAUGAUCGAUGGGACACACCAUGGACAUUCAUAUGGUUGACAACUGCUUCACUAUUCUCCAUCGCUGCGCUUUUGGUCACGAUCAUCCUUCACUGUUGUGUAGGCUUGACCUCGCGCCUGAACCUAGCCGUGAAUGGCUUCCUCUUGGUGCUAUGGGCAGUGAGCUGGAGCCUUCUGACAUGGUUCAUGAGUCCCACGCUGGCCAAUAUGUGCGAUGUCGAGCACUGGCACGAAGAUACCGGCAUCAUGAUAUGUCGAAUAUAUAAGGCGCUCUUCGCAUUCACGCUGCUCGGGCUUGUCUCUACAGUCGCUGCCUUUGCCCUCGAUAUCUACGUGUACAGGAUGACCACCUCACGCGGCAUUUAUAAGCUCCACGAUCUAGAUCACACGGAUGGAUCACACGCUGCAGCUGGGGCAUUCACAGAGAUGGAACAGCGUCGGAAGAGUGAGGCUUGGGAAAUGCCACGAACCUCAUGGGAAUUACCACGAACCUCAAUGAGCCCAUAUGGUGAGCAGGCAGACCCAGGGCCGGCUUCGCACGGCUAUGCUCUGCCCGAGGCUCAAUUCAAAUACGAUACUGGAUACAGCAAUGGGCGCCAUCACAUGCAGCCCUAGAUAUGGAAAUAUCGGGUGACAGAUGUUGAUCUGACGAAUCUUCUUACAUUCGGCAUGAGUUUUAGCGCUGGGCGUUGGGUGGAAAUGUUCGGUCAUGAUAUAAUAGCACCAGCAUAGAGAUGUUCUGAUCACGCAUUGCGACGGCUUCGAGGAUUACACUAUCUGCUCAACGGAGGAUAUUUAGGCAAGCCCUCGUUAGAUCAAAA